AUGGCACAGAAGCAGAAGAUCUCAGCUAAGAAGAACAACAACAGUAAGACGAAAAAGUCUUUCAAAGUAUCGAAAAGCUCAUCCAGAACCACGGCUUCUAAAGUCAUCGCAUCGAAUUCGCUUGAUUUGGCGGACAUAAUUAACGCUGCCGCUAUAGCUGGUAAAGGGCAGAAGGGCAGAAAGCAAGAAAGCAAGAGUACAAUGCUACAGACGAACAAGAUGCAGGAGGAUAUCAAGAAGGACAAAGAGAUGAUCAACAACGGGAAGGAAGAGACGCAGAAGACACAGAACCUGUUGGACAAGCUGGAUCUUCUAUGA